CUAUCACGUGUCUUUGACAGUGUUGUGUCGAUUCGAUUCUAGCUUGUGGUGUUCAUAUUAUAAUAUUACCUACGUAUUAAGACUGGACUUCAAUCAUAAUAGGACAAAAUGAAAAUAAAAAAACAACAUCGUAAGAAGAAAUAUCUUCAUAAACUAAAUCGCAAAAGAAUGCAUAAAAAGCAGGAGGGUACGGGCGACGUGAAAUGUAAAGUGAUCAAAGAAUCAUGGGACCACAGAAAAUCCUCUUACCGUAAUCUCAAAGAAAUGGGACUUGCCACUGACCCUAAUAAAGCUAUAAAAAUACCAAACUUCAAACAACAACAGCUAAAAAGAGCCAGACAAAUGGUAAAUGAAGGAGAAUCAGGUUCUGAAGGGGAAAUGGAGGAAAAUGUGGAUAAACAACCAAUCAAGGGCCACAUUGUUGGACUAUUAGAGAAGGAAUCUAAAGCACCAAGGGAAAGAAGAUUUAUGCUACCAAAAGGACAAGUGGAAUUCAUUACUUACUUAUUAGACAAAUACGGACAUAACUACAAAGCAAUGGAAAGGGACAAAAAGAACUACUAUCAGGAAACUUGGAAGCAGUUAAGGCAAAAAAUCAAGACAUUUAUGGGAAUUCCAAAACAAUAUGCAGAAUAUUUAAGUUCGAGAGGAAAUGAGGAAGAUAAUGAAGAAGAGUUGAAGAAACAAGCUAGAGCAUUGGUUAUGGAUGAUUGAUAUGAAAUGCCUUGUUUUGAAAAUAUAAUUUACUAAUCAAAAAUCUA